AUGGCGGAGCAGCUAUUGAACCGUUUAAUAAAUGCAGUUGAAAAUAUUAGAUCUGCAAAUAAUGGCACCGGAACUAAUCAAAACCGUGAAAGGAAUGAAUCAGUGGAGAGUGAAAUAAAUCACUUGUUUCCUAGCGUUGCUUCAGUGAGACAAAACAACCAGUCAAGUUUGUCCCAAUCGUCUGUGACUACCAGCAGAUUAGAUGCUGAUCCUGACCGUGUAGCGCGAACAAAUACGUUCAACCCAACACAGAAUUAUAGAGCUUCUAAAAGCAGAAAAAAACAGUCGUCCAAUCGAAGUCAGAAACGAAAACGUGAUGAAUGUGAGAAGGGAAACAGUUCCAAAUCGGCCAUUCUCAAAGAUGUCAUUAUGUUACCAUCGCCUGACAUAAAGGUCGUGCCUCGGGGUUGGAAAAGAGAAAAGCUGUACGAAAAAAUGUUUGCCGUUUCAGCUGUGGAAAUUCACGAAAGUAUGAGCGAAGGCGAUGUAAGGCAAAUUUUUAACAACAUUUAUGAAAAGAAAAUCGCUGGCCUUUCAGAGCCGAAGUUCAAUUUCGUCAGAGCAGUUGGCAACAAAAUCAUAGAUCCAGGCUGCAAGUCCUAUGAUGGAAAGGUGAUCAAGUACCUUUCAAAACAAGGGCCAAUAUACAUCAGAGCAACACAGAACAUUUCUUCAGGAUUACAAAUUCUAAACGAGAAUGAGCACACGUCUGAUGAAAGCAAUAGUGAUGAUAAUGGCGAAGAACAGUCAGUUGCAGGGCCAAGCCCACGGCCCCAUGAUGAAGCACACACCGAAGGUGACGGGAUUGAAGAAGCUGAUGAAAAUAGUGAUGAUGAUGUGCUGUUUGUCUCAGCAUUUGGAUCCAAUGAUGAUGCACCUGUGCUAAUGAAUGAAACCUUCCCUGUCACAUUGGUUAACUGCCCAACAUGCACCAUGUCCUUUCCUUCGGAUGAAAUUGCUGAGCAUGCAGAUAGGUGUGCAGAUGCUGCUGAAGGGCUCUUGCAAAGCCAAGUAACAUAUGGAAGCCUUAUGAUGCAGGAGAUGGAUAUACCUGAAGUAGUUUUUGAAUCAUCUUCUAAUGAUGGAAGUGCAACAACCAUUGUGGAAUGCCUGGCUACUCUGAGAAGAAAUGUCAAGGAAGAAAUUACAAAAAUUUAUGUGAGAAGAAAGCGAUUAUGGGAGGACUUUGUACAUGUCACUAAAAGUUGUAAAUGGUUUCAGCCCCAAAACAACAUCAAAGUUAUCUUUAUUGGAGAGCCAGCAAUUGAUGAUGGUGGGCCAAAACGAGAAUUUUUCACUGGUAAGUAUUAUCCCUUUCAAAAAGCUUAUGGCACUUAUUGAUACACAUGCUGUCAAAAGAAUUGAGUUGGGACACUUGACUCAUUGCCCUAAUUCUCCCCCAAUGUCCUUGUAGUCCGAAAUUGACUUAUAGUUCAGGUUCGAUAAUUGUGAUUUUAUCAGAUCACUUACAUAGAUCUAGACAGGCAUUUAUUCACUUUCAUCAUAGGAGUAAUAUUUCUGUUCCUAGGUAAUCACUAAAUAAGCCAUCAUAUGAAAAUGACACCCAAUUGCUAUAAUAAUGUAAUUAUAAUUAAUUUUCAGUAUUAUAAAUUCAUUUUAGAGACUUUGGAUCAGAUGAAGAUUCGUCUAUUUUGUAAUGGAGUGCCUGUCGCAAGCACCAUAUCAUUAACUGAAGGCCUGUUUAAAGCUGCUGGUUUGUUGAUGGCAUGUAGUAUUGUGCAAGGUGGUCCUGCUCCAAAUUUUAUGAGCCCAUGGGUUUAUGAUUACUUGGCAUUUGGUCUACAUCAUGUUCCCCUUAAUCCUGAUGACAUUGAAGACAUUUCAGUAAAAAAUGUAGCUAAUCAGGUGAGACUAUGUUGCAUUCCUGAUACAUCAUACUGAAAAAAAAAAGAUAAAAUAAAAAUAUGUAUAUAAAAAAAUAUGUACCCAAAAAAAGAUAAAAUUGUGUUGUGCUAAAGAAAGGCAAGAUGAUCACCUGCAAAACAAUUCAUUUGCCUACAGUAGGUUCAGUCCCUUAAUUAAUGAAAAUUGCAUGGGCUUAAUGGAUGAAUGAACUUUGCAAGUAAUUAUUAUCUUCUAGAUUUCCAAUGCUAGUUCGGACCAGGAAUUGCAAGAGACAUUGUGCAAAGAUGAAAUUCUUAUGGUUUUAAGUUCGGUUGGUUAUAGAGGCAUACCUUCCCGUGAAUCUCUUGCCAACAAAGAUAAAUUGGUCAGGUAUCAGUUUCCAUUUAAUGCCAUAGAUCUGUAACUAUCUUCAAUCAAGUUUACAUUGCUAACAAUAAUAACCUUUUAACUGGCAGUACCCUACCACUGACGAGUAAAAUCGUCUGGCGUUAGACAGAGUAAAAUCGUCUGGCGUUAGACAGAGUAAAAUCGUCUGGCGUUAGACAGAGUAAAAUCGUCUGGCGUUAGACAGAGUAAAAUCGUCUGGUGUUAGACAGAGUAAAUACUAAAAGUAGGGCGCAUUGCCAGUUCAUGGGUUAAAGUUAGUACUCAUUACUGGUCUUUGGACGUUGUGCAGUUCAACAUAUGAAACUGAUUUUGGUUGGUCAAUUGUCAAAACCUCAAAUUGUUCUUUUCAUCUAGCACUGUGAUGUUGAAUGAUGUUGUUAAAUGAAAGAAAAACUUUCCUUUUUUUUCUCAAUAUCACCACACUUAACUUCAUAAUAGUUAGGUUGUUGUGAGUACACAUUAGACCAGGAUUGGUAUCUUAAAAUAUAAACGAAACAGGUUAUUAAUUCAAAAUGUAAUUAAAAUUUAAUUUAGAUCAAUUUGUGUAAAAGAGUUGUUAGCUCCAAGGAUACCUGUCCUCAAGGAUCUGGAAGAAGGUCUGCAGCACUUCGACCUUCUCUGUAGUAUGAAGAACCAUCCUGCGCUGUUCAAACAAUUGUUUACUCCAAGUUCUAUUUAUGAGAUCUCAGCACAUACCUUCCUGGAUGGACUCCUUGUCAUGUAUAGUGCCCAGCAGGCACUGAAAGAAAAAGAGGAAGAUAUUUUUAAAUAUUUCACUGAUUUUAUUCUUACUCUUAAACAUGGGGGUAUUUGCUUGUAUUUGCUUUAUAAUAUUAUAGUUAUUAAUUGUUAGCUUCAGGAUGGCAAAUGCUUAAGCUGUUAAGCUCUACAUUCGAUAAAAGACCGGCAAACCAGUUAUUUUAGCAACUAAACUAAAGUUUGUGAACCUGAGCAAUCAAUUUGCAACUGCAUGUUUAUUACAGAAAUUAACGCAGUUCAAGCUAUUGUAAAUGAGUUUUGCCCAACUGUCCCCUGUUGCUGUCGCGUUGUUUUAUGUUUGAAGUCAAAAGUGUUUUUAAGUAAGUAAGUUAAAUUAAUGAAAGUAAAAGUAAGUAAAAGUAAGUUAAAUUAAUGAACUUUUAUUUUUAUCUCUUAUACUAGGAAUUGAUGAAGCACCUGAUUUAUCACUCAGACAUGUGGUUAAGUUUGUUACUGGAACAUAUCAGAUGCCUCCCAUUGGGUUUCCCUCGCGAAUUAAAAUCAAAUUCCUCCAUGGCUGUGCAGUUGGAUGCAAGUGCAGACCUGUAUCAUCAACGUGCUCCUUAACACUUACUUUACCAGUACAUUUAUGCCGCUCUGAAGAACUUGGGGAUCUGCUUAUUUCAGCUCUAACCGAAUGCUGUGGAUUUGACAAGGUUUAA